UACUUUGACCGAGUGAUUCCAACGGCUUGUCAACAUUUCGUAAUGUUAUACAUAUAAAGUUAGGUUUGUUUGUUACAUUGUAAAGAAACCGUUGAAUCAGUUGUGACGUGUUUCGGGGAUAUGUAACUCGGCAAAGUCAAGCGCGAGCAACGAUGUGGAAAUUCUGCUGUAUUUUACUUGUGGUGCAUUUUGUAUGCGGUUUUAAAGAAAAAGAUGUGAAGGAAGUGCGCACUCCACAGGGGCCUGUGCGAGGUUACAGAGACCCUGAUAGAAAUAUAUUCAUCUUCAGAAGUAUACCUUAUGCCACAGCUCCUACAGGACGAAAUCGUUUCAGAGCUCCUCUACCUCCUCCAGUAUGGCUAGAGACAUUUGACGCAGUCGACAAGGACAUAAUAUGCCCACAAAACUUGGAUAAAACCAAAAAUAUUAUGCUGAAUGGUCGGGAAAAGAUUGAUGAAAAUUGCUUAGUAGCCAGUGUGUAUGUACCAGAUACAACAGAAAAGAAGCUUCCUGUUGUAGUCUAUGUUCAUGGGGGUGGCUUCCAGAUCGGCUAUGGCGAUGCACUCACUCCAAAACAAUUUGUAGAAGAGAAAAACGUCAUAGCAGUUACAUUCAAUUAUCGUCUAGGAGUACAUGGCUUUCUAUGUCUCGGAACUAAGUUAGCCCCUGGAAACGCUGGCAUGAAAGACCAGGUUGCGCUGUUACGCUGGGUCCAGAAGAAUAUAGCUAGUUUUGGGGGCAACCCUGAUGACGUCACUCUGACUGGAUACAGCGCAGGAUCUGCCGCAGUUGACUUAUUAUUGCUCUCACCUUCUGCCAAAGGUUUAUUCCAUAGAGCAAUACCUGAGAGUGGAACGAAUAUCGCUUCAUGGGCUAAUACAGUCGACCCCUUAGAAAAGGCGCAAACUUUUGCUAAGGAACUAAACUUUGAUAGUGUGGAUGAUGUAUAUACUUUGGAAAGCUACUAUGUUAGUCAUCCAUUAGAAUCAUUAACAUCACAUAUGAAAAUGGACGAAAAAGAUUCUACUUUCGGGUUUUCGCCAUGUAUCGAGAGAAGUGAUACGGGUGAAGAACCCUUUCUGAUUGAUUCGCCACUGAAUAUACUCAAGAGUGGAAAGUUUACGAAAGUUCCUUUGUUAUAUGGAUUUGCUAAUAUGGAAGGAUUACUGCGGGUCAUGCUUUUCGAAACUUGGAAAGAUGACAUGAAUAAAAAAAUUUCGGAUUUUUUACCAGCUGACUUGACAUUUGACAACGAAGAACAAAGAGAAGAAGUAGCUACAGAUAUAAAAAAAUAUUACUUUGGGGAUAAACCAGUCGACGAGAGCACAAUGCUGGGCUAUAUCGAUUACUUUACUGAUGUUAUGUUUGCUUACCCUGCUUUACGAUCCUUGAAAUUACAAAAGGAGGCUGGCAAUAAUCAAAUAUAUCUAUAUGAAUAUUCAUUCGUAGACGAAGGGGGAUAUCCAAGUGGAUAUAAAAAUCUUAAGGUGAAUGGAGCCAAUCACUGCGGUCAAACGAUUACUAUUUUAGAUUGGCCGACAUUCCUAGGUCCCACAAAAUUUUCAGAAGAAUUCAAAAACAUUAAGAGAACAUUAUCUGAUAUGUGGUAUAACUUCAUAACAACCAAUAAACCCGUCCCGGAAGGAUCCUCCUACCCGGCGUGGCCGCCGAUGGGUAAUGACUGGUCUCCACACAUGUCCCUUGGGAACACCGUGGAGCUGAGAGGUUCUCUGCUGCUGGAGCGCACGCGCUUCUGGGAUCGCAUCUACGAGCGACACUACCGUAAUCCUGUGCCGCCGCCAGGGCUAACUGAACGCAAUGAAUUGUAAAAACAGCUUUGACAGUAGUAAAAUAAAUGAGAAAUUUGUAUUGGAUUAAAUAUACUUUUAUAGCAUAAACUAGGUAAAAAGAAUAGUUGUUACUAAUAAACAACGCGAGUUAUUCAUCUUUUAA